AUGAGCUACGGUCCUGAUUGGAAGCAUGUGUCCGGCUCCACCGAGGGACUGUCAGCUACAUGCUAUCGUGGAGAAUCCUAUCGCUUCGUUCCCGACCUUCCCAUCACUGCCACUUUCUCCAGCACAAACCCGUACAAAUGGCCUCAACUAGUCUUUUCAUGCUAUGGUAACGACUUGUUUGGGCACGAUGUUGUUCGUGGGUACGGUGCCCUUCCAAUACCAACAAUCCCAGGAAGCCACAUUCGAACAGUGCCCUGCUUCGUUCCGGAAGCUUCGUCCAAAUAUCAGAAAAUCAUUGGUAUGCUCAGCGGUCGGAGACCAGAAUUCGUUGAUCCCUCGCACGUUGCAAGGCCGGAAGCUCGUCAUGCAACCCGCGUCACCACUCAAGGAAAACUUGUCAUUCGAGUGGAUGUCAUGUUGAAGGAUACAGGUAAAUUUGGGUUCCAAAUUGUCCCACGGCUCGAUUUUUCUUCUCGCGGACCACCAGCAACCGAUUUGUCAGGACUACGACUUGGCAAGCAAAAGAGACCCGUGGAGGAUCGUGAAUUGUCGACGCCAGCUCAGAGUGACGAUAAAGUAUUGGAGGAGGUAUCGCCUGCUCCGCCCUCCGAUGACAUCCCCCGUCCACUGCCGGCCCUCGAACGACCAUUGCCAACCCUCGAAGACUAA